GUCGAUGCCGAGAAGACCAUGUUGACCACCACUGCCGGCCUUGUGAAUUGAUUAUUGCCAUUGUCAGGACUUUGAUCCUGGGACCAUGGCUGUCGCAAAACCGUCAUGAUGAAGCCGACCAAUUCCCUGCUCACCACCCGCCCAAUCGCCUUCCUCGGCCUCCCGCCCGCCCUCCGAACCCUCGCCAUCCCACGACAAUAUUCCACCCAGAACAGCCUCGGCGCCGCGCCGCAGGCCCCGAAGCGCCGAAGCAGAACCGUGACGCCUUUCAACGACGAUGGUUCUGUGCCGUGGAGUGAGCUCUCCGCCGCCGAGAAGACUGCUCGGGCAACCCAGCAGAGCGUCAACUUUGGCAUGAUCCUUGUUGGUCUCGUGCUAACGGGCGGUGUUGGCUACUUCCUAUGGACCGACGUAUUCUCCCCCGAUAGCAAAAUAUCACAGUUCAAUCGCGCGGUGGACAGAAUCAAGGACGAUCCUCGUUGCAUCGAGUUGCUUGGCGACGCCAGAAAGAUCACGGCUCAUGGAGACGAGACAUUCAACAAGUGGAGGAGAGCUCGCCCCGUUUCGUCUACGGAGAAAACCGACGCACAAGGGCACCAGCAUCUGGUGAUGCACUUCUAUGUCGAGGGGCAACGCAACCGUGGAGUUGCUCAACUUCACAUGAUCAAGCAUCGUGGUCAUGAUGAAUUCCUGUACAAGUACUUUUUCGUGGACAUCGAGGGCAAUGACAGAAUCUAUCUCGAGCAAGAUGCCACGGGCUCCGCCAAUUCAGGAAAGAAGCUCAGCUUCUUCGGCGUCAAAUGGGGCUAAUGUCUAUGCGCACCAAGUGGUCGUGGUUAAAAGGUUUGGUUACGAGAAAUGCCCUCAUGUACAACUGGUUCGAAGGAAACUGCCUGCAUAUCAUGUUGAUGGGGCAGGCAAGGGACUUUUCACGUGUAUGAUACUGUCACUUCGAUGACCAGAGUUUAGGGGAUUCAUCCCCAUGUCUGUACUAUUAAGAUGAUGUUCUUCAAUCCCGUCCACCUAUGUCCGCAAGUUUGAAGUCGUUGCCUGGUCUUCCCUUCGGUUGAGAGGAGACUGCUAAUUUGCAAAGACAUUGAUAUGGGUGGCAUGCUUCUGUACUUGAUAAACGAAAGACAUUUGACGCGCUUUCACAUUUGGUUGAAUGAUAUCGGUUAUUUACGGUGUCUACCAUCUAUA